AUGGUGGCAGAGUGGAGCUGGAGCCACUUUGCUGUUUCACAUCCACCCCUCUUGUCGAGCUGCUCCACUCAGGAACCAUGGACCAGAAAACAGUGCUCAUCACAGGCUGCUCCUCGGGGAUAGGUCUGGCACUGGCAGUCAGGAUCGCCAAGGAUGAGAAAAAGAGGUUUAAAGUUUACGCCACCAUGAGAAACCCAAGUAAAAGCGAAAAGCUGGCAGAAGCAGCCGGAAGAACCCUGGGCAGAACGCUCGAGAUCAAGCAGCUGGAUGUGUGCGAUGAGCAGUCCAUCAAGGCGUGCGUGGACAGCAUUCCUAGCAGGAGGAUCGACGUUCUGAUCAGCAAUGCAGGAAUGGGGCUUAUUGGACCGAUUGAGUGUCAGUCACUGGAGGAGAUGAAGGCAGUGAUGGACACAAACUUCUUCGGACUGGUCAGACUCCUCAAAGAAAUCCUGCCCGACAUGAAGAGGCGUAAGAGGGGCCACAUCGUUGUGAUCAGCAGUGUAAUGGGUAUUCAAGGGAUCUUGUUCAAUGAUAUCUACGCUGCAUCUAAAUUUGCCGUGGAGGGGUUCUGUGAGAGUCUGGCUGUUCAGGCACUAAGGUUUAAUCUCAACCUUACCCUGAUCGAGCCUGGCCCUGUGAUCACUGAAUUCGAACGGAAGGUUUAUGAAGAAGGCCUCAAGAUGGACCUUUCUGCAGCAGAUAAAGAGACUGCCAACAUGUUCACCAACAUUUACCUGAAAAAUUACAACCAGAUCUUCCAGAGCCUUGGACAAAGCCCAGAGGACAUAGCAGAGCACACGCACAAGAUAAUCACCACAGAAAACCCGCCAUUCCGUCACCAGACCAACAAGCUGUACACCCCCAUGACCACCCUCAAGUACGCAGAUCCCAACGGAGACCUGCCCAUCGACACCUUCUACAAAAUGGUGUUCGAGCACGACAAAAUCUUCAACGCCAGCCUCAACUUCAUCAAAAUGCUGCGCUGGGGGAGCCGCAAGAGCUUCAACCUGGGGAAGCCUCAGCCAUGAAAACACGCGGACUGCACCAAAGAACACCAGGCCCUCCCCUCCAACGGCUCCUGACGUUUCUGUUGUUGCCUUGUGGCCGCCCUGUACACCCAUCUUCUCUGUAUUAACUUGUUCAAAAGAAGACUUCCUGUAAAAACAAUAUAGAUCCUUGAUGACCAGAGAGAUGUGUAACAAAAACAUUCAAAUAAUUGUCUUAUACAAUAUUUAGAUACCACUGUUGUAAUCUCAUGUAAGAACCUUCUUGUUCUUCAAGAAGUAACUGCCUGAAACUUCAGCUGACAGUAUUUUCUUUGAGUUUUACAUAACGAGUGUGUUGAUUUUUCGGGUGUCCAUUAUAAUCUCAGCAAUUCAUUUAUCUAUGGUGGUGAUUAUCUUGUGCGUGUGCUGUGAAAAAUAAAUAAAUAAAAGAAUGCUUGGUAAUUUA